GGCACAGCAGAGGAUCCGAUUCCCUGUUAAAGGAGAGUUAAACCGAAAGCAAAGAACACCGAGUGUCGAGAAAAAGGGCAUUCAUUCUCUCUCUCUCUCUCCUUUUUUUCCUCACACAUAUAUUCUUCUCUCUCCUCCAAUUUUCAACCUCUGUUCUCUCUCUCCAGAGCUGCGAGAUGUAAUAGUAUAAAAUUAAUUAUCUCCAUUUCUUCUCAUGGCAAAACCCUCUGAAGCUGAAUCAUCCCCUCUCCCUUUCACCGAGAAUCUUAUUUAAUUUGUUCUGUAAAAAUUCAAUUUUUGAUACGGGUGUGUUUAAUUAUAAUUCCGCGGCGGCGGAGACUGUGAUCGGGGGGAUCGGCAGUCAUGCUGUCGUUGCAGAGCGAUCCGCGGCAGUACAGCCUCAGUCUGCAGCAGCUACAGCAGCCCCAGCAUGUGGCUAGGGCUCCGUACAAUGUCGGCACCGAUCAUCACCGGGAAGAGUCUUCCCUGGCUUUGGUCUCUUCCAGUAAUAUCAAGCAAGAGAAUUCUCGUGAAGUUGAUGAAGACACACUUUUGAACCUUGCUCAUCAAAAUUAUAAAGCUGGAAAUUAUAAGCAGGCACUAGAACACAGCAAGACUGUCUAUGAGAGAAAUCCACGUCGCACCGACAACCUUCUUCUGUUGGGUGCAACCUAUUAUCAGUUGCAUGACUUUGAUACCUGUGUUGCAAAGAAUGAAGAGGCUCUUAGAAUUGAUCCACAGUUUGCUGAGUGCUAUGGAAAUAUGGCUAAUGCUUGGAAGGAAAAAGGAAACAUCGAUGUUGCAAUUCGCUAUUACUUGAUUGCAAUUGAGCUCCGGCCUAAUUUUGCUGAUGCAUGGUCAAAUUUAGCUAGUGCGUACAUGCGUAAGGGAAGGUUUACCGAGGCUGCUCAAUGUUGUCGUCAAGCACUUGCUCUAAAUCCACGAUUGGUUGAUGCUCAUAGUAAUCUGGGAAAUCUGAUGAAAGCUCAAGGUUUGGUGCAAGAGGCAUACAAUUGUUAUUUGGAUGCUCUUGGAAUACAGCCCACUUUUGCUAUUGCAUGGUCCAAUCUUGCUGGUCUUUUUAUGGAAGCUGGUGAUCUUAACCGGGCCUUGCAAUACUACAAGGAAGCUGUUAAGUUGAAGCCAAAUUUCUCUGAUGCCUACUUAAAUCUGGGAAAUGUUUACAAGGCCUUAGGAAUGCCACAAGAGUCUAUUGUCUGCUACCAAAGAGCCCUGCAGUCAAGACCAGACAGCGCUAUGGCUUUCGGAAACUUGGCCAGUGUAUAUUAUGAGCAGAGUAACCUUGAUAUGGCAAUACUUAACUACAAGCGAGCUAUUGCGUGUGAUGCUGGAUUUUUGGAGGCAUACAAUAAUCUGGGUAAUGCAUUGAAAGAUGCUGGAAGAGUAGAAGAAGCAACUCAUUGCUAUCGACAAUGUCUGUCUCUUCAACCUAGUCACCCGCAAGCCCUUACAAAUCUUGGAAAUAUUUACAUGGAGUGGAACAUGAUGAGUGCUGCUGCUCAAUGCUACAAGGCAACAUUAACUGUUACCACAGGGCUUUCUGCUCCUUUCAAUAAUUUAGCCAUAAUAUACAAGCAACAGGGUAAUUAUCCCGAUGCAAUAUCCUGCUACAAUGAAGUCCUUAGAAUUGAUCCGCUGGCUGUUGAUGGGCUUGUCAAUCGGGGAAACACUUACAAAGAAAUUGGAAGAGUGAAUGAAGCCAUUCAAGAUUAUAUGCGUGCUAUUACCAUCCGACCGAGCAUGGCUGAGGCUCAUGCUAAUUUAGCUUCGGCUUACAAGGAUAGUGGACAUGUAGAAGCUGCGAUUAAGAGCUAUAAGCAUGCAUUGGCAUUGCGUCCAGAUUUUCCAGAGGCAACUUGCAACCUUCUUCACACAUUGCAGUGCGUGUGCGACUGGGAAGAUCGGGACAAGAUGUUUGCUGAAGUUGAAGGGAUACUUAGAAGACAGAUCAAGAUGUCAGUUAUUCCAAGUGUGCAGCCUUUCCAUGCAAUAGCUUAUCCCCUUGAUCCCAUGCUCGCUCUUGAAAUCAGUUGGAAAUAUGCUGCACACUGUACUGUUGUCGCAUCCCGAUACUCACUUCCUCCUUUUAACCAUCCAUCUCCACUACCAAUACGGGGCGGGGGCAGGAAUGGCCGGUUAAGAGUAGGAUAUGUGAGCAGCGACUUUGGUAACCACCCUUUGUCACAUCUUAUGGGCUCAGUGUUUGGUAUGCAUGACAAAGAUAAUGUUGAGGUUUUCUGCUAUGCAUUGAGUCCGAAUGAUGGUUCUGAAUGGAGGCUAAGAAUCCAAUCAGAAGCUGAACAUUUUAUUGACGUGUCAUCCAUGGCAUCUGAUACUAUUGCAAGGAUGAUUAACGAGAAUCAGAUUCAGAUUCUUAUUAACCUCAAUGGCUACACUAAGGGGGCAAGAAACGAAAUAUUUUCUAUGCAGCCUGCUCCUAUUCAGGUUUCAUACAUGGGAUUUCCUGGGACCACAGGAGCAAACUACAUACAUUAUUUGGUUACUGAUGAGUUCGUGUCUCCUAUGUGUUACUCAAAUAUAUAUUCUGAAAAGAUUGUCCAUCUACCUCAUUGCUAUUUUGUGAAUGACUAUAAGCAGAAAAACCUGGAUGUACUGGAUCCAAACUGCCAACCUAAGAGGUCAGACUAUGGGUUGCCUGAAGACAAAUUUAUAUUUGCCUGUUUCAAUCAACUUUACAAGAUGGAUCCCGAGAUUUUUACAACCUGGUGCAAUAUUCUUAAGCAUGUACCAAACAGUGCGCUCUGGCUUCUCAAAUUUCCGGCUGCCGGGGAAAUGAGGCUCCGUGCUUAUGCUGCUGCACAGGGGGUACAACCUGACCAAAUAAUAUUCACAGACGUUGCAAUGAAACAGGAGCACAUACGGCGCAGUUCAUUAGCAGACCUCUUUCUCGAUACGCCACUUUGCAAUGCACAUACAACUGGGACAGAUGUUCUUUGGGCUGGUCUACCCAUGGUUACGCUUCCUCUUGAGAAAAUGGCUACUAGAGUCGCUGGUUCACUUUGUUUGGCUACCGGACUUGGGGAUGAGAUGAUUGUGAAUAGUAUGAAAGAGUAUGAAGAGAAGGCAGUUUCUUUGGCACUGAAUCGCGAAAAGCUUGAAGAUCUUACCAAGAGGCUGAAGGCUGCGCGCCUAACCUGUCCUCUUUUCGACACUGCACGCUGGGUGAGAAAUUUGGAGCGUUCUUACUUCAAGAUGUGGAAUCUGCACUGCUCAGGGCAGCAGCCUCAGCACUUCAAAGUCGUGGAGAAUGACUCGGAAUUCCCUUAUGACAAGUAGAUGUAUACGAAAAGGAAGAAAAGAAACAAAACGAAACGGCAUUGUAGAUAAAGAAAGAGAUUCAUUUCAAGGCUUUACUGCUGUCUGAUACUGUACCAGUAUCAUCAUAACCCUGAUAUGUUAUGGUAAUGGCUACACAUUUCAAUCAUGAAAUACAGAAAAUACCGACUGUUGUUCGUCUUGGUAA